ACCAAAUCUCAGAAGAUGCAGUUUGUUCCUCCAACAGCUGAAGAGGCCCAUGCAUCUGAGACUUCUGUUUCUCAGACUUCUUUUGAGCCCCUUAGCAAGGGAAAACACUUGGAUAUUCAAACGCCUCUAGAUCCUGUCACUGUGUCUCCCUUCAGUGCUGAACAGGAACUCACUCAGACUUCCGGUUACCCAGGGGUCCCUGCUAAAUCGGCAGAACUAACUGACAUGGCUACGGCACUGCAAAGACAGAAGUUUCGUUCUCAGGGGAAACAUCUCUUCCAUUGGGCCGAGAACACAACCCUGAAUGCCACCCAGUCAGGUCUCUACAUUGGCUGGCGCUGCCCCCAUUAUCUGUGGGACUGUUUUCAAAUUGGGGAUGAAUCCAAGUGUUUUUGUGGUCAUUUGUUGAGAGAACACAAGAUCCUAUCAGAUAUAUCUGUGCCCUGCAAGGUAAGCCAGUGUCGCUGCCUCAUGUUUUGCUUCAUCCCCUCACGCCCAGAAGAAGUAGGUGAGUUCUGGCUCACAAGACGAGCCUCCUUUGACCCCAAGGCCUGGAGGGCCCAAUGUCGUUGCAAACACAGCCAUGAAGAGCAUGCGGCCACCGGGGGACAUCCCUGCAGAGUCAAAGGCUGUGGCUGUGCUUGCUUUGAGUCUAAUUUCCUCUGUGCGGCCUGUGACCGAUGCUGGGAGGAACAUGAGACAUUUUUUGAGACUGAGGAGACCCGGCGACGAGGAGGAAGACCUCAUGGUGAGAACUAA